AUGAGAACUUUUAGAGAAGGGGAGCUGAAGAAGCAGAUAGAAGAACUUUUAGAGAAGGGGUUUAUUAGACCUAAUGUUUCACCAUGGGGUGCUCCAGUACUCUUUGUCAAGAAAAAGGAUGGUAGUCUUCGGUUAUGUAUAGACUACAGAGAGUUGAAUAAGAUUACCAUCAAGAACAAAUAUCCACUUCCGAGAAUUGAUGACUUGUUAGACCAGUUAGCUGGUGCUACCGUGUUCUCUAAGAUUAAUCUGAGGAAGUAUAGAUCUUCUUUGUGCUGGACAGAACUCAGUGAGAGAUGGAUGUAUGGUCCAGAUUUAGUGGAUCAGACCUCGAGACAAAUUGAGAUUAUCAGGCAGAGGCUCUUAACGGCUCGAAGUAGACAAAAAAGUUACACAGAUAUUAGGAGAAGGCUGUUAGAGUUUGAGGCUGGAGAUCAUGUAUUUCUCAAGGUGUCUCCAACCACAGGAAAGUACCAUCCAGACCCAACGCAUAUUGUGGAAUACGAUGAUAUUACACUUCAAGACAACCUGUCUUUUGAAGUGGAACCAGAUCGAAUUAUUGAUUGGAAGGUCAAAUAG